GGGGCACUGUCUGUGGUCACUCAGAGGUUCUGACUGCUAACUCAGCAGCUGCUUCCUGUGCUUCCCCACUUUCCCCUCUGGGAUGCUGCCAGAAGUAGCCCUGACCCCAGGGGUCUCCUCUUCCUGGCUGGGGGAGCCGACUUGGGGAAGCCUAGCCGUAGCACCCCCCACCCCCGCAAGCUACUUUGAGGAGAGGCUGGGGACCACCCCAGCAGGGUGCCAAGCAUGGCCGGGGCUCGGGGUUGGUGGGCUCCAUUCUGGGGUGACCAGUGACUGAUGAGGCCUGACCUGGCCUUGUAGCCAGAGUGAGCACUGAGUCCCUGCUCCCCAGGGUAGCCACCCCUCCUCGGGGUCCAGGUGGGGGCUGCGACUGGCAGGGCAGGCCUGACGCAGGGGAGGGGUGGCCUCUGGGCAACGGGUGGACCUGGGGCUCUAAUCCCCAGCAGCUGCCGUUUCCCUCAGAUCGAUUUCCUUCUCACUUUUUUUUCAGCUGCUGGUUCCGCGGCUCGGAUCGAUGGAGCCGCCUCCCCCCGCCCCUCUGAGCUUCCUCUCCCUGCUGCUCAUUAGCGCCCCGAUUAAUCAGCGCCCUCCUUUCGUUUAGGGACAAGGGCUUCCUCCCCCCGUGAGGGCUCACGUUCUCACAUGGGCCCCCCAGAACACCAGCGGCUCACUGUGACCACCCAACCCCAGGAGCACCAAGGCAUUUCCUCCUGGGCUGCCAACAGGGGCCCCACCCCUGCCUGUGAUAACAACCCACAUGCCUGCUUCUCCUCCGCAAACCCACAGCCACGCCAGGGCUCUCUCCACCCUACCGUGCCCGUCACCCUCCGCUUCUGCUUCUGGGAUAGGACUCCCUCCUGGUCAAGCCCACACAUUUCUCCUCCCUCCCAAAUCCCCAUCUGGGCUCUUCCUCUCUCUCCAUUCCACCCUCUCCUCCACCCAUCAGAACUCUUCUCUGCUCCCUGGCCUGUUCACCCCCUCUCCCCCAACCCCCAGCCCGGCCUGGCAAGAGAUUUGGGAUGUUUGGAUUAGCCCAGUGGCCACAGAUAUGCAAGUCAGCCAGGGCGUUCCUCUGCCCCAGACCCAUGAGUGACUGAGUUUGGGGGGAUGGUAGGGGGCGGCCAGAGCCCCGGGGCAGUCAGGGUUAUGGUGGGUGUUGAAGUUGGGAGCAAGGCUCCAAGGAAGCCAAGAAUCUUGGUGGAGUCACUGUUGCCCCCUUUUCUGUCUUGCCUGCUUCCUCUGCCCUCCCCUCCCUCAUUCAAACAAGUGGCUCUCCCAAGGAGUUUCUGGAAGCUGCUCUGAGUGGGGUAGUGGGGGCAGGUGGUGGCUGGGCGCUGGAGUCAGGAGUCAGGAACGUGGGGGAUGGAGUUGGCUGACCCUUCCUGGGGGCGUGGUCCCGAAAAGUGGCAGAAUGAGCGAGGACUCUGGGUGCAGAUGUCUCCCCUGGGUGGCCUGGCAGUGGGGCCGUCUGGAGACCCCACGAGUGCCUAGGCUGUAGCAAGAGUUUGGGGACAGCCCAAUGAGAUCUAGGGCAGGGGCUGGCGAUCCUUGUCCUGGGCCAGUGGUGGGGGCUGCCCCCCGCCCCUGGCCUGGCUCCUGCAGCCAGUGGCGCCGGUGAAACGCUGUUGACAUGUCCUGAAUUAUUAAGCAUGGGGUGGGCUCCGGAGCACAUGCUGAGCGGAGUGGCUGGGGCUGCGCGGCGUGGCGGAGCAGCGCUCACUCCCUCGCUCGCUCGCUCGCUCGCUCGCAGGGACACACGCAGGGGCUGACAGCUGUGCUGGUGCUGAUAAGGGAAGCCACAAGGAGACGAUCGAGGAGAGAGACAAGCAGCGGCAGAGGCAGCAGCAGCACAGGCAGCACCAGGGCUGCGGAGCUGCUGGGAGUGGGAGUGACUCCCCCACCUCAGGCCCCCACCCUGUCCCCGUCCUCCUCCCGCUUGCCCUGAGUUUAGAAGAGCAGCCGCUGCCACCACCGCCACUCGGGCACUGUGGUCUGCCAACCAGGGAGGGACAGGGGCAGGGAGGCUCCGGCCAGUCCCAGCAGCCGGGGACAGAUGCCGAUCGAGAUUGUGUGCAAAAUCAAAUUCGCAGAGGAGGAUGCGAAACCCAAGGAGAAGGAGGCAGGGGAUGAGCAAAGCCUCCUGGGGGCGGCACAGGGGGCAGCAGCCCCCCGGGACCUGGCCACCUUUGCCAGCACCAGCACUCUGCACGGGCUGGGCCGGGCCUGUGGCCCAGGCCCCCACGGACUGCGCAGAAGCCUGUGGGCACUGGCCCUACUCACCUCACUGGCCGCUUUCCUGUACCAGGCUGCCGGCCUGGCGCGGGGCUACCUGACCCGGCCUCACCUGGUGGCCAUGGAUCCUGCCUCGCCAGCCCCAACAGCGGGCUUCCCGGCCGUCACCCUCUGUAACAUCAACCGCUUCCGGCACUCGGCCCUCAGCGACGCCGACAUCUUCCACCUGGCCAACCUGACAGGGCUGCCCCCCAAGGACCGGGAUGGGCACCGUGCCGCCGGCCUGCGCUACCCGGAGCCCGACAUGGUAGACAUCCUCAACCGCACCGGCCACCAGCUCGCAGACAUGCUCAAGAGCUGUAACUUCAGUGGGCAUCACUGUUCCACCAGCAACUUCUCUGUGGUCUAUACUCGCUACGGGAAGUGUUAUACCUUCAACGCUGAUCCACAGAGUUCGCUGCCCAGUCGGGCAGGGGGCAUGGGCAGUGGCCUGGAGAUCAUGUUGGACAUCCAGCAGGAGGAAUACCUGCCCAUCUGGAGAGAGACAAAUGAGACAUCAUUCGAGGCUGGCAUCCGGGUGCAGAUCCAUAGCCAAGAGGAGCCCCCCUACAUCCAUCAGUUGGGCUUUGGUGUGUCCCCAGGCUUCCAGACCUUUGUGUCCUGCCAGGAACAGCGGCUGACCUAUCUGCCCCAGCCCUGGGGCAACUGCCGGGCGGAGAAUGGGCUCCGGGAGCCCGAGCUUCAGGGCUACUCAGCCUACAGUGUGUCUGCCUGCCGGCUGCGCUGUGAAAAGGAGGCCGUGCUUCAGCGCUGCCACUGCCGGAUGGUGCACAUGCCAGGCAAUGAGACCAUCUGCCCGCCGAAUAUCUACAUCGAGUGUGCCGACCACACACUGGACUCCUUGGGAGGGGGCUCCGAGGGCCCGUGUUUCUGCCCUACUCCCUGCAACCUGACUCGCUACGGGAAAGAAAUCUCAAUGGUCAGGAUCCCCAACAGGGGCUCAGCCCGGUACCUGGCGAGGAAGUACAACCGCAAUGAGACCUACAUCCGGGAGAACUUCCUGGUCCUUGAUGUCUUUUUUGAAGCCCUGACCUCCGAGGCCAUGGAGCAGCGAGCAGCCUAUGGCCUGUCAGCCCUGCUGGGAGAUCUCGGGGGACAGAUGGGCCUCUUCAUUGGGGCCAGCAUCCUCACACUACUGGAGAUCCUGGACUACAUCUAUGAGGUGUCCUGGGACCGACUGAAGCGGGUGUGGCGUCGUCCCAAGACCCCUUUGCGGACCUCCACCGGGGGCAUCUCCACCCUGGGGCUGCAGGAGCUGAAGGAGCAGAGUCCAUGCCCAAGCCGGGGCCGCGCUGAAGGUGGGGGAGGCAGCGGCCUGCUCCCCAACCACCACCACCCUCCUGGCCCCCGAGGAGGCCUCUUUGAAGACUUUGCUUGCUAGGACGGUGCUGUCUAAAAAGACCCAGGGGUCUGGGAACCCUCCCAGUAUCCCCCACAGUCUCCUCCCUCCUGGGACACAAGGCCUGGGGGCAGCCCGAGGGAAGGGGGAGAGGGCAGAGGGCGGUCCUCACUGGGAGGGUGGGGAUUCAGUUCAGGCUCUCACCAGCUCUGGCGCCAGCUGCUUUGCACAAGGGUUCUUGUCCGCCCCCCCCCCAACCCUCAGGCUGGUGCCCAGGGAGGGCUGGAGGGGAGGGAAGGAAGAGAGUGAGGGAGGUGGAGGAAGGGGCCCACCCUAGCAGGGGUGGAACCCCCUGUACAUUUGUAUAUAUUUAGGGAGGACAGGGUGGGGGUGGGGGAACAGAUGUAGAAGGUGGGUGGGGCUAUGGGGGUGGGUGAUUCAGGGACAGCCAGAGUCCCAGCCCUAGAAUGUCAGCAGAAGGAGAACCCCGGGGACUCAAGAGUGCUGGACUGGUUCUACUUCCUUUCCCUCUCCAGGCCCAGCUCCCCUUUUGGCAGGGGGACUGGGUGGCCCAGCAGGCCUGGCCCAGCUCCCAAUUCCCCCUGCCCCAACCCCACCUUCAGAGUCUCCUCCACAGGGAGCAGGCCGACCCAUUAGACCUUGGCUGAGCUUGGGGGUGGGGAAGGGAGCCUUCUCGAUGGGCCUCUCUGCCUCUGGUCUGGUUUUAUAAAGAGCUGACGAAACUGAGAAU